AAAAUUUCAACGUUUUCAAGAAAACAAUUAUCAUAUCCAUUCUUUCUCUCUCUUUCUCUCUCACUUCCCCCAUUUUCAAGCUCAAGCAAUGGCGUCUGAAGAGCCCACCACCGUCGCAGUCGAGCAGCCCAUCGUGGAGGAGCCGGCCGCCGCCGACACACUCCCACCAGUUGUCAAUGAAGCUGAAGAGCCCACUGCUAAGCCCAAGAAGGCUCCCAAAGAGCCCAAGGCCAAGAAAGCUCCGGCCAAACCCAAAACUCACCCAACCUAUGAAGAGAUGGUGAAGGAAGCGAUUGUUGCUUUGAAGGAGAGGAACGGUUCGAGCCAGUACGCGAUUGCGAAGUUCAUCGAAGAGAAGUACAAGCAGCUUCCUUCGAGCUUCAAGAAGAUUUUGUUGGUUCAGCUCAGGAAGCUUGUUGCUUCUGACAAGCUCGUGAAGGUGAAAGCAUCUUACAAACUACCAGCGAAAUCCUCUACUCCAAAGCCCGCCAAGAAGCCUGCUGCUGCAAAACCCAAAGCCAAGCCCAAGGCUAAGCCAGCUGCCAAGUCAAAGGCUAAGCCCGCCGCAAAAGCCAAGCCAGCUGCCAAAGCCAAGCCUGCCGCAAAAGCCAAGCCAGCUGCCAAAGCCAAGCCAGCUGUCAAACCCAAGCCAGCUGCAAAAGCCAAGCCCGCAGCUAAGGCUAAGCCAGUUGCCAAAGCUAAACCCGCUGCCAAGGCGAAGCCAGCUGCUAAGCCCAAACCUGCUGCUAAAGCGAAGCCGGCUGCCAAGGCUAAGCCAGCUGCUAAGGCUAAGCCGGCUGCCAAGCCUGCUGCUAAGGCUGCAAGGACUUCAACGAGGACUACUCCUGGGAGAGCUGCUGCACCUAAGCCUGCGGCGAAGAAGGCUGCACCAGUGAAGAAGGCUCCGGUGAAAGCAGCGGCAAAGGCAAAGACUCCGGUGAAGAAGGCAGCGGCUAAGAGAGGAGGGAGGAAGUGAAUGUUGUGAGGGUAAUUAGUGAAGCUAGUGUUUGUAGCGUUAGCUGUAAAUUUUUCUUUGGUAUCCGGUUUAGGCACAGAUGUUGUCAAAAAAUUCUGAAUUUAUUAAACUUUUAUUUUCAUUGUCUGGUACACAGUUUUUUCUAGCUAUGUAAUUUUCGACUAUUAUUGAGCUAAACAUAAAUGAAAGCUAGAAGGGUUUUAGAGUUUCAAA